GAUCGCGGGGAGGCCAGACGCCACCUGCACUCGGCACACAGCAUAUCGAGGGUGAACCUAAAUGGGUUGCCGUCUGUAUCCCAUAAUCUGCGGACCAUUGACUCGUUACCCUAUCUGCUGGCACGGCCACCCAUAGCUGGCCAUUUGCAUGAAAUAGUCAACGCGACGGACGCCAGAUCCACCCACGCACGGCCCACCGUCGAUAGAUCGCCUCGCCACAUGGGGCUGAUGGGCAGACUGAACAAGGUGCGGCUGCUGGGCGAGCUGGUGGAAGUGGUGGAGUCCGUGCAGGGUGAGGAGGAGUUCUGUGAACAGCUCCACCGCCGACUGAUGGAGUUCCGGCGAACGGGCUUUCGCGACAUGGAGCCGCUGAUCUUUGGCAGCGAUGAGCAGGCCGAACUGGUGGGACAACCACUGGAGCGAUACCACUUCGCGGAGGCCAUUGCCUACCUGGACCAGAAUAUGCGCCUGGACAGGGAUCUCUAUCAGCUGGCUGAGGACUCCCUCAAGCGGUUCAAGAACCAACGGGCCGUGAUGUGCACGCGGGCCAGUGAGGCACAGAACAAGUUCUAUGAUCUGCUCGAUAAGCUCGUUGAGGGCGAGAAUUGCAGCGAUAUGAACAUUAGGGUACGCAGCGAGCUGCACGAGUUGUCUGGGGCCCGAAAAUGUCUGCGCAGGGUGGUUAAUCAGAUGAUAAUCCAUCCCCUCUCGGAGCGAACCUACAGCGAGACGAUGCGUAUGAUCAAGUGCCUGGUGGCCAAGCUCUGCGUCCUAAUGCCAUUCCACAUACCGUGCACCAUCCGCUGGGGACUGAUCCGCAACGAGGAAGUUACCCACCUAAAUGACUCGCUAACCGACGAGCUGUCGUGCCUGCAGCUGGAACUCUAUCGCCAGCGGGAGCAAGUCUUUCUCGAUCGCAGCAUCGAGCAGGAACGAAUCAGCGGCCAUCUGCUGGAGCUGCACGUUGGCAACGCCAAAGUCCCGGAGGAAGAACAUCCACGUCCACAGGUCACAGGGGUAUCGGAAUGGUAUCAUCUCGUGCUCAGCAUGUCUCUGACUCGGGCUAUGGCACGGACAGAGACUCGGACAGCAGCUCCACCACGGACCAGAGGCGCAGCGUCGACCAGCGAUCGGUCCAGCAGAGCGUGGGCGAGACGGCGACUCGCCGUCAGAACUUCUUGGACUGCAUGAGGCGCUACAAGGAGCUCGGCUUGCAUCUCUACCCAUUCGACGUCAACCGUCGUAGGACCGAACUGGGACUGCCCAACAUAAUUUCGGAAUCGGAUGAUGCGUCGUCCGGCACACAGCCGCCCAUAGAAUAUGAAGGCAUUGGCGAUGUGGUAGAUUGGCCC